GGGGCUGCGCAAAGAAAUACCACUAGGUAGGUACCUAACCUAUGCAAUCACGGCGCAUAGGUAGUAGGCGUCCUUCGUUCCAUAGCGCUACUACGUCAGCGACAUCCCACUUACACUUACAGCUAACAAACACGGCGCGCCCCGCACCUAACGGCCUCCGAAGUCUUGAUUAUGAAGCCAGAGUACCGGCGGUUUUAGUUCUAUGUCUCCGAGAAGUAUAAUAUACCUAUCAUAUAAUACGAUAACCCCCCUUGGGCCUUUGGAUAUCGGGCUCGUUCUAGGUUCCCAUAACUUGCCGAUUUGUUUGUGCUUCUUCAAACACCAACGCGAAAUAUCGAAAGAAUGGCAGCUCCUGUGCCGUCCCCGACGCCAACUUGGCACAACGAUACUUACGCAGCUAUCUCUCCGAAACGGCCUGAGCUUAGUGCCGCGGGGAAGACUGUCGUGAUUACCGGCGCUGGGGGUGGCGUUGGCCGCGAAACCGCGCUCGCAUUUGCCGAAGCUGGGGCUUCUCGCAUCGUACUCCUGGGCCGCACCGAGGAGACCAUCAAGACGGCAGCUUCUGCGCUUCCUAACUCCGUCUCGGCUCAGACUUUCGCAGUAGAUGUUACGCAAGAAGACGCGCUCCAGCGUGUUGCGGCCGAAGUAGGAUCGUGGGAUAUCCUCAUCCAUACCGCCGGUUAUGUCUCUACUCCCGGCCCCAUCGCCUCCUCGGAUACUAACGAGUGGUGGCAAAGCUUCGAGACAAAUGCCAAAGGCACAUUCCUUAGCAUCAAGACCUUCUUGCCUACCGCGAACAAGACACAUGCCACCAUCCUAGCUCUCAACACCGGCACCGUUGCGCUCCCUAGCGCGGUCCUGCCCGGCUUGUCUGCGUACAUGGCGUCGAAGCUCGCCGAGACCAAGAUCAUCGAGUUCCUGGCCGCGGAGCAGCCGAAUGUAUUCGCGGCGACGGUGCACCCUGGUCUGAUCGAGUCGGAUAUUUUCAGGAAGAGCGGCGCGAAGGCCGAGGCUGUGCCUUUGGAUAAACCCCAACUCCCGGCCCAUUUUCUAGUAUGGCUAUCUAGCCCCGAAGCCAGCUUCCUGAAGGGCCGCGCCGUGUGGGCUAAUUGGGAUGUGGACGAGCUGAAGGGACAAGCUAAGGCUAUAGAGUCGGGGAUACAGUUUACGACUGGUAUUAAUGGCUGGCCGUUCUCGGCUGCGUAAUUGGGUAGGUUGGUUAUAUAUUACUAGUCGUAUCUACUCGACUGAGGGUUGUUUGAUUCGGGAAUUGACAACAACAUAUUUACUUUAGCAUUACGGAGACGGAAUACGAUCUCGUAGACCUGUUAAAUUAAAAAAAAAUCGAAAUUUACGUAUUAUUGUCUUGGAA